AUGAUGCUGAAGCUCAAACACGACCACUUGGCGAACUAUCAUCAGAUCUCCAUUAUUCCCACAUUUUAUAGUGCAAGUGUGGAAUUUGUCAUGGACUAUUAUCCUGCAGGCAACCUGAAAAGUAAGUUGAAAGGGAUGAAAGACAGCGGAAUGCUUCUGAAUGUGGGAGAUGCCCUCAGCCACGCACUGGACCUGGCUGACGGACUGGCGUACCUGCACGAGAACGGCCUAACUCACGGCGAUCUGAAACCAACAAACAUGCUCAUCGAUGGCAACAACGCCCAACGCGAGACUCUGCGCAUUUCUGACUUGGACAGCCUCGUUACAGUGCAAAAAUGCUGCGUCAGCUCUCUUAACAGAGAGCAUUUCCGCAGCAGCGAGCGCUACAUGUCGCCGGAAAUGAUUCAUGCGAUAGAACCCCUGGGAACCAUCACCACGUGGCCUUCGAUGCCCGGCUCGGCAACGGACGUGUGGAGCUUGGGAUGUGUCUUGCUGCAGUUGAUCCGCAGUGUUACGGGCGAUUAUCGAGAAACACUGCAGCAUCCGGUCACCGGCAAAGUGUUGGGUGCGACUGAGGCUAUCAGCGACUUUGCAUUUUCGGCAGCGGUUAUGCAAGGGUAUAUUCCGGUCGUUUUUGACGCCGAGCUUGUGCCACCCGAGCUAGCCGCGUGUAUCCGCAACUGUCUCUGCUUCGCCAGUAGCCAGAGAAUAUCUGCGCGCCAGGUGUUCGAUCAACUGUCUCAGAUCAACGAGAACCGUAGACCAUCAACGUGA